AUGGCUCACCUUUCUGAACCAGCUUUAUAUCUUGAUGUGAAGAAGCCUGUGAAGAAACCUGGAGAAGGCACUUCUGCACAGCGCAACUAUCCUCCAGACUUGCUUCCAUUUCUGACAACAAUUGCGCUGGAGGAGCCAGAUGGAGGGAAGUUCCAUUAUCUUCGUACUGAUGAAGCAACUUUAACAAUUUGGAAAAAAAACGAGACUAGGCAAGAGAAUUUGCAUGGAGCGGACUGGUACGAUACGCGAUUCCCAAUACAAAACCAAGGAAAACAUGAGUAUUGUUGGUCAGUUGCGGGUUCUGAGAAUAUCAGCGAUGCAUGUUUUUAUAAUUCUAUCAAUGAAAAGUACAUACCAUAUUCAGGUCAGUAUUUAGUUGAUUUUGUGGAUAGUGAAAAAGCAACAAAAAAGUACGUAGAUAGCGAAGGGGAUCAUUACUGUUAUGGGCACUCGACCUUCAAAGGGUUAGAAUACGCAAUGAACAAUGGUAUACCAAAACAAGCUGAUUGGACGGGUACUGGAUGCGGAACCAAUCCCGAAUUCGAUGACAUUGACGUAGUAGAUGACACUACCGAAGUCGAUGACACUACCGAAGUCGAUGACAUUGACAAAUGUGCUACUUAUUGUGGACCAACAUCAAAAGAUUCCGAGUUCACCGGAUGGCAUUCGUGCUCCCUACGGUAUAUUAAAAGGGAUAAGAACGGGGAGACCAUUGGACUUAUAAAGAAUAGUCAUGGCACUAAAAAAGGAAAGAGGAAGAAGAUAGGAUAUAUCAAAGUUUCUUUAGAUAUUAUGAUACUUCAAUUGGAAACAAAAGGAUUACGAUCAUUUAGACGUCCGGGCAGAUUGUUUAGAUCAUUUACCUAUGGAGAAGUCCGACCAGCAUAUGAGAAAGAAGUUGUCGAAUGCUAUCUUGAUGGUCAUAAGAUAGAUCACCAUGUGACUCGCUCAAGAGAGACAUCAUUAUUUAUUCUUGAAGGGAUUUUCCAUAACACAUCUGGACUUGUUUAUCAAGAUGAGGAUGGUCAAAAUGAGGUCAUUGGAAAUCCAAUAGACCGAGCUUUGCUUAAAUGGGCGAUUCAGUUGCAAAUGAACAUGAACAUUUCAUAUGACAAGUCUGGUACGACGAUUAAAGGUUCUCCACAGAAUUCAAAGAAGAUGUGUCUUGGCGUAGCAGUAGACUGUCGAAAAACAUAUGAAUGUGGCGUUCGAAUUCACUGGAAAGGAAAUGCUACAUUCAUUUUGGAUAAAUGCACGAAGUACGAGUGUAACGGCGAAUAUUUAGAAAUGACUAAAACCAAGAAAAAGCAACUUAGAGAUGCUGUCGAAGACAUGGCUGCAAGGAAUCUGAUAUGCAUUGGUCUCGCUUGCAAAGAAUUUGAAUGGAGUAAUCUUCCACGUCCAAAGAGAAGACAUAAAUGGAGAUUUCCAUGUGAAGACCUUAUUCUGUUUGCUAUCUUUGGUAUUAAGAAUCCGUGUCUACUAGGUAAAGAUGAUCAUGUAAAGCAGGCUCCCUUAGAUUUCGAGGAAUGGGUGGAGAAAGAUGCUAGUAAAGCCCAUUUGGCCGAGUUGGUUGAUUUAGUUGAUUCUACAGGAAUUUACGGUGGUUCGUCAUCUGAUGGAACCCGCUAUGUUGGACUUAGAGACGUGAUGAUAGAUACCGUGGAGAAAAUUGAUGGAAAGCCUGUUGCGAGUGUGCAGAUAUACUACAACAAGAAGGAUACGUUUGUCAAAGUGGCUUUGGACGCUAUGUUUCUCGGAGCAUCACCUGACGAGUCUAAGGUCAUAAAGCUAGGACCUCUGCUUGUUGACUUUUUUUUCCCAUGCUUAUCUAUCAACUAA